CAUGAGGGAGGUGGAGCAUAUUGAACCGGAUUUGAUUGAUAAAGGACGUUGAAGAAGAAAUUUGUAUUUCGUUCGUAUUAAAUUCGAUAUUUUGUUAUCUGCCAAGAAGAGGGUUCAACAAGUUCUAUAUACCGCCCAUCUUCCCCGCCGCCCCUGUCCCUCUCAAACCCCCCCGCGUUUCAACCCCGCCAUCCUUCGAAACCGUCGAGAAUCUGCUUCACCUCCGUUUCAGCUGAACCCGCAAAGCAACCAUAGAAACACACCCCGUCGAAGACCACCCCCCCCCCCCCGCCUCACCAACUGCCGCAAUGACUACACCCCGCGUCUUCGUCGUCCGCCACGGCGAGACGGAAUGGUCCCUGAACGGGCGCCACACCGGCACCACCGAGCUCCCCCUAACCGCCAACGGCGAGAAGCGCGUCAAAGCUACCGGGCACGCCUUAAUCGGGAAUGACAGGCUGAUCGUGCCUGGCUCGCUGCUUCACGUCUAUGUAUCACCCCGCCAUCGCGCGCAGCGCACCCUCGAGCUCCUAGACAUUGGAUGGGCGGAGAAGCUUCCCUGGGCUGAGAAACCAGACCCAGAUGUGCGGGUGCGCUGCGAUGCGUCGGUGGAGAUCACGGAGGAUAUUAGGGAGUGGGAUUAUGGAGAUUACGAGGGUGUUACGAGCGCGGAGAUCAAGAAGCAGCGCGAUGAGGCUGGGCUGCCGAAGUGGGAUAUUUGGAGGGAUGGGUGUCCGGGUGGAGAGUCGCCGGCGGAUAUCACGAAUAGGUUGAAUAGGCUUAUCAAGGAUAUACGCACGAGAUGGCACGCUGAUGUUAUUGGAACGACGGAGAAUGUGCCGAAGGAUGUGUUGAUCGUGGCGCAUGGACAUAUUCUGCGUGCCUUUGCGAUGUUGUGGGUGGGUAAGGCGAUUGAGGACGGGCCGAGUUUGUUGCUGGAGGCUGGUGGUGUUGGGACGCUGAGUUAUGAACAUCAUUCGCUUGAUGAGCCGGCUAUUCUGCUUGGUGGAAGUUUCAUGGUUGAUGUUGUUGAGAAUGCGCAGGAGGUGGCUGCUGAACAAAAGGCGUAAGGGAUAGAGUCCUGAUAUAUUGAGCAAUCUAUGACC